AUGGACUUGAGCACCCGUCUGCUGCACGCCGACGACGAACAUCCUCGGCCGAAUGAAGCGGGCGUCUACACCGCGAGCGAACUCAACGGGCCUGUUGCUCCGUCCAUCUCGGUGUCUACGACGUUCAGAUGGCCAGGACCGCUCCAGCCACCCUUACCCGAGGGCGACAUUGACCCAUCUGCUUCGAACCCGCUCGUCUAUUCCCGCUACUCGACUCCGAGCUCAGAGAGAGUCGAGAAAGUGCUCGACAGCUUGAUGGGAGCGAGGACGGUCUUGUACUCGUCUGGUCUGGCUGCUAGCUUUGCGGCCAUGCUAUGGGCCAACCCUACCGUCAUCGCCAUCAGGGAAGGCUAUCAUGGCAGUCAUAUGGCCAUCGAUGUCUUCAAACGCAUAAAGAGCAACCUUAUACUGAUAGAUCUGGAUGAUUUCGAUGCUUAUACCAACGAGACACUGUGCUGGCUCGAGACGCCACUCAAUCCGACCGGCGAAGCGCGUGACAUGGCACACUACGCGAAGCACUGCAAAGCCAAAGGAGCCAAGCUACUCGUUGACUCCACCUUUGCGCCGCCACCAUUGCAAGACCCCUUCAGGCACGGGGCAGACAUUGUCAUGCAUUCGGCGACAAAGUAUCUCAAUGGACAUUCUGAUGCACUCCUCGGCGUCCUUGCAGUCAAAUCGCAAUCAGACUGGGAAAGGCUGUGGAGCGAUCGGACAUUCACCGGUCCUAUGCCGGGAUCACUCGAGUGCUGGCUCCUCCUGCGGUCCCUUCGCACGCUCAGUCUGCGAGUCAAGCGACAAGCCAAGACAGCCACGGGACUAGCACAUUGGCUCAACACGCUCACACAAGACAAGGCGUCGCUUGUGAAUCAAGUGUGGCAUGCAUCAUUGCAAGCCAAGCAAGGACAGUUUGAUGCUUUUGCAGCUCAGCAACUCACAGGUGGUCCUGCUUGCUUCUCCAUCCUGCUUUCAUCGGCGGAAGUCGCGAAAUGGCUGCCUUAUACGGUCAAGCUCUUUGCGCCUGCAACUUCACUAGGCGGCGUAGAAUCGCUCAUGGAGCAUCGCAUCACAUCAGACGCCAAAGCUGAUCCCAAGCUGGUACGCAUCUCCGUAGGACUCGAGGACCUAGAGGAUCUCAAAGCGGACAUCCUCACCGCCCUGAACGAGUUCAAUACCACGCUCGAUGAAGUCAAGCCGUCGACGAGCGAGUCAGAUGCACAGACGAUCGUGCCUGUAAAGCGACCAGCGACAGACGCAAGCGACGUAGCAAAUGCCAGCGAGGCAAAGAAAUUCAAAAGUACGGGCAAGGGCAAGCAGCCUGCCAUAGAGCCCUACAGGGCAGAACACCGCAUCAUUCGAGCUGGAGAGCCGUUCCUGAUCUCCCUUCCGUCAGGCCUGAGCAAGCUCAUCCCCAAACUAUCGUCGGGCGUUUCGAUCAACUUGGGCAAGUAUGGCCAGUUCAAGUCUGAUGAUCUCAUCGGGAGACCGUACGGCUUCACCUACGAGAUCACUCACGGAGGGAGCCUGACGGUGGUUCAGCAUGUCACGCUCUCCGAGAUUGAGGAGCGAGAGAGGGAGAACACGAACGAGGACAUCAUGCCGCAGACUUAUGUCGGCUUGUCGGCCGAACAAGUAGCCGAGCUCAGAGCGGCCGAUAUGACGGGCAAAGAGAUUGUGGACUAUCAGAUCGCUGUCCAUGCAGAGUUUGACAAGAAGAACCGGUUCAGCCAAGAAAAGUAUAGGAGACGCAAAGAGACAAAAUAUCUCAAGAUGUUCACGCCUGUCGCGCCUACGCUCUACAAUAUCUGCGCUUACCACUUUGUCAAGGACCCGCCGCGCUUCAGAGAUUUGCGCGUCGACUCGAUGGCUCAGAUACUCAAUCUGGCAGACGUGCGACCGCACAAACGCGUCUUGCUCAUAGACGAUACUGCUGGAGCUCUCGCUGCAGGUUGCGUAGAGCGAAUGGAUGGCCACGGGGCAUUGGUGCUGAUACACGAUGCUUCUUCGGAUAUCCAGCUCCCGGUGUGUGACUACAUGGGCUUCUCUGUGCGACAGAAGAGCGUCAUAUGCCAGAUCAAUUGGGCAGCAACGGACCCGACGCAUCAGCCUUUCGAGCUUCCGACAGACGUCGACAUCAAGAAAGAUACCCGCGAUCGGGGUCGACAGAAAGCUGUCAAACGUCAAGCGCAGUACGAAGCCAAUGCUCAAAUGCGACAACAGUUCUUCGAUGGCGGAUUCGGAUGCGUCAUCAUUGCUACCGCCUACGACCCGCUCGAUGUCCUGUCCCGUGUGAGUGAUAAACUGGCAGGAUCGGCUCAGGUGGUCAUCUACAGCCCAUCACUAGAGCCCCUUGCUUCGGCUUCUCGACUGCUCCGCGGCGAUCCUCAGUUCAUCGGUAUCGGCGUGCACCAACCCUUCUUGCGAAAAUAUCAGGUCUUGCCUGGGCGGACGCACCCCGAGAUGACUGGCCUGCCCGCAGGAGGCUACAUCUUAACGGCCAUCUCGGUUCUGGCCAAACGCAAAGAUGAAAAUGGAACACGCAAGUCUACCCCCGAGCAGAUUCAGGAGAUCGGGCAAAACGCUGCGCGCGAACAAGAUGCAAUGCAAGACAAGAUGCAAAGCUAG